UCGCUGCUAAGAGCAGCAGUGACCGGCCACAUCCGGGCCUAGGAGAUUUAGACACUCGCUGCUGAGCGCUGCAGGGCCCGGCCCGGGCAUGAAGCCGGCCAUGGCCUGGCUCUCCCUGCCCCUGGCGGUGCUGCUGGAUUUCCUCACCCUGCGCCUGGCCCUGCGGCUCUGCCCCCUGCUGCAGCCCUGGGACCCCCUGGCCCUGGCCUGGGGGGUGGCGCUGGCGCGGGGGGCACUGCUGAGCCUGAGCGCCCAGGCUGCCCGCGGCAGGGGGCAGGGGCUGCCCGGGGGGGUGCGGGAGGCGCUGCUGCCCCUGGCCGCCCUGCUCAGCCUGCUGCUGCCCGGCUACGUGACCCUGCAGGCGCUGGCCCAGCCCCGGGCGCCCCCCUCGGAGCUGCUGCACGGCUGGGGGCGAGGGGACGUCUUCGGCCUGACCUACGGCGCGGCGGGGCUGGCGGCCGCGCUCUGGCACCAGCUGUUCCCCGCCGGCAGGGGGGAGCCGGGGCCCUCGGCCUCGCUGGGCCGGCUGCUGGCCUGCGUGAGGCCCGACCUGCUGCGCUUCGUGGCCAUCGCGGGGUUCCUGGUGCUGUCCUCGCUCGGGGACAUGGCGUUCCCCUACUACUUGGGGCGCAUGACCGACUGGAUCAUAAACGAGGACGACCCCUCAGUCUUCAUCCAGGCCGUCUGGGACAUGUUCCUCAUCGCCGUCGGCAGUGCUGUGACCAAAUUCAUCUGUGACGCUGUCUAUAAGGAGACCAUGAACCGGAUCCACAUGCGUAUCCAGAGCCAGGUGUUCAGCUCUGUCCUGCAUCAAGACAUCGCCUUCUUCCACGCCAACCGAACCGGGGACAUCACCUCCCGAGUGACUGUGGACACUGACACUGUCAGCGAGGCGCUGAGCGAGAAGCUGAAUGUGCUGAUGUGGUGCGGGAUGCAGGGAGUCUUUCUCUAUGCCCUGAUGGUGCAGGUGUCGCUGCGCCUGGUGCUUUUCACCACCAUAGGGCUGCCCAUCAUCCUGCUGGUGCCCAAGCUCUCUGGGAAAUUCCACCAGAAUCUAGCUAAGCGGGUGCAGGAGUCCCUGGCCAAGGCCAACGAGGUGGCGGUGGAGACCUUCCAGGCCAUGGCCACGGUGCGCAGCUUCGCCAACGAGGAGGGGGCCGCCCGGCGCUACGGGCAGCGGCUGCAGGAGACCUACCGGCUCAACAAGCAGGAGGCAGCCGCCUACGCCGCCUCCAUGUGGACCAACAGCCUGCCGGAGCUGGCCCUGAAGGUGGGGAUCCUGUACUACGGGGGCCGGCUGGUCGCCGCGGGGGGCAUCAGCACUGGAGACCUGGUCACCUUCGUCCUCUAUGCGACAAAUUUCAGCACGGCCCUGGAGGGGCUGCUCUCCACCUACCCCAGCGUGCAGAAGGCCGUGGGCUCCUCAGAGAAGAUCUUUGAGUACAUGGAGCGGACGCCCCGGAUCAGCCCCCCUGGGGCGCUGGCCCCCCCCAGCCUGCGCGGACACCUCCAGGUGCAGGACGUCUGGUUCUCCUACCCCGGCCGGGACGACACCCCCGUGCUCAAGGGGGUGUCUCUGGAGCUGCGCCCCGGGGAGGUGACGGCGCUGGUGGGCCCGUCGGGCGCGGGGAAGACGGCGCUGGUGGCCCUGCUGGAGCGUUUCUAUGAGCCCCAGCGCGGGCGCCUGCUGCUGGACGGGCGGGACCUGCAGGAGUACGAGCACCAUUACCUGCACAGCAAGGUGGCGCUGGUGAGCCAGGGGCCGGUGCUGUUCGCCCGCUCGCUGCACGAGAACAUCGCCUACGGGCUGGGGGGGCGCAGCCGCCAGGAGGUGACGGGGGCUGCCCAGCGCGCCAACGCCCACGGCUUCAUCGCCCGGCUCAGCCACGGCUACGACACAGACGUUGGUGAGAUGGGGGGGCAGAUCUCGGGGGGGCAGAGGCAGCGGGUGGCCAUCGCCCGAGCCCUGCUCCGAGACCCCCGAGUGCUGAUCCUGGAUGACGCCACCAGUGCCCUGGACACGGAGAGUCAGCUGCGGGUGGAGAAGGAGAUUUACGAGGGCGCCCGGGCCGGGCGCUCGGUGCUGCUCAUCGCCCAUCGCCUGAGCGCCGUGGAGCGAGCCGACCGCAUCCUGGUGCUGGAGGACGGGGAGAUCCGGGAGCAGGGCACCCACCGGGAGCUGCUGGCGCGCCGGGGCAGCUACUGGCGCCUGGCGCAGAAACAGCUCAAUGGGGACGAGGGGGGCGGCUCCAGGGAUAGCGUGGAGGUUGGGGGGCUCUGACGCUGCCAUGGAGCAUCCCUGGGGUGGGAGUAGUUCGGGGUGCCCUGGUGUGUGACGCCUCCUCUGCGGGGUGGGGGGGUUCUCAGACCCCCUGCCCCUGGCAUGUGGCUGCUCCGUCCCCCAGGGGGAGUUUAAACUCUGCUGAGUUAGUUCCUGAUUUAGCUGAUGGCUCUGAGUAGGGGACGCAGAGCUGGUGCUGAGCAUGGGUUACAGGAGACCAGGCCUCAGCUGGGACCCCACCUCUCUGCAGCCUCCUGCUCCUGAGUACAAGGUCACUCGCAUCCUGCUAGACCAGGGGUGGGACACACACACACACAC